GAGACGGGGGCUGGGGAAGCGCAUUCUCCGCCGCUGCUUCCUCCUGCCUGCCGGCUGCCCUCCGUCAUGCUGCGGCUCCUGCUCCCGCUGGCCGGCUUGGCGGCCAUCCUCCGGGCGGCGAAUAUACCCCAGAGAAGUUUUGGGAUUGAUUAUGACUGCAACUGCUUUGUCAAGGAUGGGAGGCCCUUCCGUUACAUCUCGGGCAGCAUUCACUACUCACGGGUGCCCCAGUAUUACUGGAAGGAUCGCUUGUUGAAGAUGAAGAUGGCAGGACUUGAUGCUAUUCAGACGUAUGUGCCGUGGAACUACCAUGAACCCCAGCCAGGCGUGUAUGAUUUUUCUGGUGACAGAGAUCUAGAGUCUUUCCUGCAGCUUGCUAACGACACUGGUUUGCUGGUUAUCCUGAGAGCUGGACCUUACAUCUGUGCAGAGUGGGACAUGGGAGGUCUUCCUGCCUGGCUGUUGGAGAAGACAUCUAUUGUUCUCAGAUCUUCUGAUUCAGAUUAUCUGGCAGCAGUAGAGAAAUGGAUGGGUGUGCUUUUGCCAAAGAUGAGGCCUCACCUGUAUCAAAACGGAGGUCCAGUCAUCAUGGUGCAGGUAGAGAACGAGUAUGGGAGCUACUUCGCUUGUGACUAUGACUAUCUGCGUUCCCUUCUGAAACUCUUCCGACAGCACCUUGGGGAUGAGGUGGUGCUGUUCACAACUGAUGGUGCAAGCCAGUUUCACUUGAAAUGUGGAGCUCUACAGGGUCUUUAUGCAACAGUGGACUUUGCCCCAGGUGGCAAUGUCACAGCAGCAUUCUUGGCUCAGAGGGGCAGUGAACCCACAGGCCCUUUGGUUAAUUCUGAGUUUUACACUGGAUGGUUGGAUCACUGGGGGCACCGUCAUUCUGUUGUGCCUGCACAAACCAUAGCUAAAACACUGAAUGAAAUCCUGGCCCGUGGUGCUAACGUUAACCUGUACAUGUUUAUAGGUGGGACUAACUUUGCCUAUUGGAAUGGUGCUAAUAUGCCCUAUAUGCCACAGCCCACUAGUUAUGACUAUGAUGCUCCACUGAGCGAAGCGGGAGAUCUGACAGAAAAAUAUUUUGCCUUGAGGGAAGUCAUUGGUAUGUACAAGCAAUUGCCUGAAGGCCUCAUCCCUCCAUCAACCCCCAAAUUUGCAUACGGGAAGGUUCGCUUGCAGCAGGUGGGUACUGUGGUGGAGAUUCUUGACAGGCUGUCGUCUGCUGGCCCAGUGAAAAGCACUUACCCACUCACCUUUGUUCAGCUAAAGCAGUAUUUUGGGUUUGUGCUGUACAGAACUACGCUUCCAAAGAACUGUACAAAGCCAGCACAACUGUCUUCACCUUUGAAUGGAGUCCAUGAUCGUGCCUACGUCUCUGUGGAUGGGGUUCCUCAAGGAGUCCUCGAAAGGGACAAAUCACUGACUAUAAAUAUAACUGGGAAGGCUGGAGCAAACCUGGACAUCUUGGUAGAGAAUAUGGGCAGAGUCAACUUUGGUAGAUACAAUAAUGAUUUUAAGGGUCUAGUUUCAAAUUUAACUCUAGAUCAAGAUAUACUUGUCGAGUGGGAAAUCUUUCCUCUAGACAUUGAUGGAGCAGUGAACCGGGACAUUAAUGGCCACCUUGAUGGACCAAAGGCAUCCACGGACAAUCCACCGACUUAUGAAGCACCUGCUUUUUACACUGGUACACUAUCAAUUCCUGGAGGGAUUCCAGACUUGCCUCAAGACACCUAUGUCAAGUUCCCUGGCUGGACAAAGGGGCAAAUUUGGAUCAAUGGCUUUAAUCUCGGUCGCUACUGGCCAGCCCGUGGUCCUCAGUUGACCCUUUUUGUUCCAAGGAAUAUUCUUGUUUCAUCAAUACCAAACAACAUAACAGUGUUGGAGCUGGAGCAUUCUCCUUGCAGCACCCAGGCAUGCCAGAUAGAAUUUGUAGAUGAAGCCAUUAUCAAUGCAACCACACAGCAUGAACGUUAUGACCCCCAACUCUUUGUUAGAGACUUAUGGCUGAACCAUCUAUAAUGAUUUCAGUGUUUCCUUACCUUCCCCCCCACACACUCUUUGCUUCCCUUUCUCUUGAGCCAGACUUCUCUUUUUUAAAGACUCAGUGUUAAUCAGUAAAUCAUUUGCCUGGUGUAACUUCUUAAAUUCUUCAAAGACUUUAAAAUACAUAAAUUCCCUCUAAAAAAUAAAAGCUGAAGCCUCAGAGUUUGCCUUGGAUUGCGAAAUCAAACUCAGCUGGAAGACAACAUUCAUAUGUAGCCCUUGUAGACUGCUUACAUUACAGGAACCCUCAUACACUUUUCUUUCUUUGCAACUGGAGAGGAGCCUGGAGAGGUGUGUGGUCCUGCUGCCUUACUGGUUUUGCUCACAGGGACUGGUAGGUCAGAGCUGCCGAUAGCCUGGACACUUCAAGAUGAUUUUUUUUUCACCUGGUUAGUAUCAAUAUCACUUUAGUCUGAAUGAGUUUACUAUCAGUGUUGAGUGCACCUCUUUUUUUUCACCUCUAUGCAAGUGACCAUGGAAAAAUUUGCUUUAGUUUCUUAUGGGAGCAGUGAGAAGAACUCUAUAAGAGAGCCCUCAAAUGUAAGCUGGUCCAAGCAGCUGUAGCAUGGAGAGGAGCCUUGUAGUCUACAUCUGUUCCCUCUUCAAAGGCUGAUUUACUGCUUCCCUUCUGCUACCUCUGAGGACUUCAAGUAAAUUCAUAAGCAAAAGGAUGUGUGUAAAAAUUGAGGCUAUUUUGGUUGGACCCUCUGAUUAACCUGCUUGCAUAAUGUAGUCUUAAAAUGAGCCAUUUUUCCUUUAAUUGAUCCUUUUAUCUUAUUUUCUGAAGCUUUAACUUAAAGAAUCUUAAUUCUCUGUCAUUAAUUGAUACCUUCUGUUUUGGUCCAGUAAACUGAUGGUCUUUGUAAGUGCCUGAUAUCUGCAAAGAUGCACAAUCUCUGUCAGUAAAGCUGGCUUUCCGCAGCAGGCAGAGUCUUUUUGAUUCUUAUGGGUUUGAUGACAGUUAUGCAAACUCCUUGGUGAGAUUUAAACACGAUGAUGGAAUCAAGAACUUUCAUUAUCUGUGGGGUUUAUUUUCCUUUGAUUUUUGUUUGGUGUUAUUAAAGUGGUUCUUUAAAGAUGAAA